AUGUUGAAAAACCUGCUAACCGGCUUGGCCAUCGCCAGCUGUUGGCUGGACACCGCAGCUGCGAAACCCUGCCGUCGCUGCACAGACAUCAGCUCUUUCUUUUCCGCGCAAACCGACCUCUCUCUCCGAGGUGUCUUGGCCAACAUUGGUCCCGAUGGCGCAAAGGCCCAAGGUGCUGCCUCGGGCGUUGUUGUGGCGAGCCCAAGCAGAUCGGACCCCGAUUACUGGUACACAUGGACUCGAGACUCGGCGUUGACGUUCAAGGUUCUCGUGGAACGAUUCAUUGCCGGAGAUGCGACUAUGCAGCCCAAGAUUAAGCAAUACCUUGCCGCCCAGGCCAAGCUCCAAGGCGUCUCGAACCCUUCAGGCGGCCCAACCACCGGCGGCUUGGGUGAGCCGAAAUUCCACGUCAAUCUGACCCAGUUCACCGGUGCGUGGGGCAGACCACAGCGUGACGGUCCGCCUCUGCGGGCCACCACUCUCAUCCUCUACGCCAACCGGCUUGUCGAUCAAGGAGACGCCCGGGGAGCCGUCGAGACUGCUUGGCCCGUCAUUUCCAAUGACCUGGCAUACGCCGUUCGGUACUGGAACCGCACGGGUUUCGAUCUUUGGGAGGAAGUCAACGGAUCCUCCUUCUUCACCAUUGCCGCCACCUACCGUGCCCUCGUCGAAGGUUCCACCCUCGCCACCAGGCUCGGCCAGCCGUGCCCCAGCUGCGCGGCCAGCGCCUCUCAGGUUCUCUGCUUCCUGCAGAGCUUCUGGUCCAAGGGCUAUGUCGACUCCAACAUCAACGUCAACGAUGGCCGCACCGGCAAGGAUGCCAACUCCCUCAUUUCCGUCAUCCACACCUUUGACCCAACGGCGAGCUGCACGGAUGCCACGUUCCAGCCAUGCUCCGCCAAGGCUCUCGCGAACCACAAGGCUGUUGUGGAUUCCUUUCGAUCCAUCUACGGCGUGAACAAAGGCAGGGUCGCGGGCGAAGCCGCCGCCGUUGGCCGCUAUGCCGAAGACGUCUACUACAAGGGCAACCCAUGGUACCUGGCUACUCUCGCUGCCGCCGAGCAGCUCUACGACGCUGUCUACCAGUGGAACCAGCUCGGUGUAAUCAAUGUCACCGACGUUUCUCUCCCCUUCUUCAAGGAUCUGCUGCCAUCCAUUGCUACCGGCUCCUAUGCCAAGAGCUCCUCGCCGACCUUCCGUUCCAUCAUCAAGGCCGUCAGUGCUUACGCAGACGGCUUCGUAGCCGUCGUGCAGCAGUACACUCCUUCUUCUGGCGCACUUGCCGAGCAGUUUGACAGAAACUCUGGCUCUCCUCUGUCCGCUGCCGACUUGACCUGGUCCUACGCGGCUUUUGUCAGCACCGCCGACCGCCGAGCUGGUGUCGUUCCUCCGUCGUGGGGUGAGCCCGCCUCCAACUCUGUGCCCACCUCGUGCAAGGCCGCCCCCGCCUGCAACUCCGACAUGACCUUCAACGUCAAGGCCGCCACUGCCUACGGCGAGACCAUCUACCUCACCGGCUCUAUCACAGAGCUUAAGAACUGGUCGCCAGCCGACGCCAUUCCUCUGAGCGCUUCGCAGUACACGCCCGACAACCCGCUGUGGUCGGUCCAGGUGCAGCUCCCCGCGGGAACGAAUUUUGAUUACAAGUACGUUAAGAAGACGACGAGCGGAGAAUUUGUAUGGCUAAGUGGCCCUAACCUCAGCGCCACCUCGUCCAGUGGAUGCGGUAGCCGCGCAACCCUCAACGACACCUGGCGGUGA